CAUCAGCCAAAUGAAAUUCAUGCUUCUCGUCGUGCUCCUCGCCGGCAUUGCCAGUGUGUACGGCGACUCGUUCUCGCUGUCCGCAUGCUCAGGACUAAUGAGACAACCAGCUAACGCCACGUCAUCGUCGGUGGCGUGCUUGCAACGUCUUGAUGGGGCCAUCAAGGUGGUGCAGUACAAUGGAACGCACUUGGACCUGCGAAACCAGAACAUCACAAGCGUCAUGUCUGUGCCACGCGGGCUCAUCUCGAUGUAGACUAUGCCAUAUCUAUCUUUUGGAUCUUCACACGUCGUUGUGCGUAGCGAUCUCUCUGGGAAUAACCUGGCUACCAUCAACCUUGGCGAUUCUGCCCUUGAAAGCAUCAACUUGAGCGGAGGUCAAGUCACAUCGUUCACCGUGAUCUCGCUACCUGCCACCCUUCGGCACUUGGACGUGAGUCGUAACUCCAUCAACCAGCUUAGCAUCAACUGGGCCAGAUUUGUCAAGUUGACUUCAUUAAACUUCAGUUCCAACCGCGUGUCGUACAUCAACAAGCCCGUGUUUCCCCCGUCCCUUCGAAGUUUGGAUGUAUCGAAUAACCCGAUCUACAUGGCCGAUUUCGACGUUGCCACAUAUACCCUUUUGUCGGGUAUUAACGUGUCGUACUUGUUGGAUCCGCAAUCCGCUCAAAUGGUCGCGUCGACGUGCCGCGAUGUCGGGGACCUGCGGCGUCUGGGCUUCAGCGGAAGCGUCGUGUGUGUGUUUGACAAGUCUCGUGAUGUCAUUCAAGACGAUAUGUUUGGUAGUACUUUACCUCUUGUUAUGAGGCAAUCCAUCCUCCCACACAAGUCUGUAGUGUCACUGCGCCGCCUCACGUUGGUUUCGCUGUUCCUGUCUGUGACACUGGUCCUCGGAUACGCAGGACUGCACUGGUACCGCCGUCGCAUGGGGCUGAAUGAAGAGCAUGCGCUGGAUCGCGGACGCGAGACGCUCAGCAGCUCGGCGUGUGAAGCGUAUGACGCUGAACCUAUUCAGUAUAUCCAAGCCCUGACCCCCCAGGCGACCAGUGCGGCUGCCAGCCGAAGUCGUUAAGUUCCCCGGUGGGAAUAUAUAUAUAUAUAUCCAGUGUUGUAUGUUACCUCGCUAUAAGGUGACCUCAAAAUUUCAUUGUGCGUUCGUUCACAUAGUAUUAAUAGUACCAGCGAGGUAUCGUACAAUUUAUAUAGGAUUAUACAGUUUAUGGAAUAGUCCAC